GCUGGUUGGCACCGGGGAGGGAAGAGGUGACAGUGUUGCACCCCGCACACUGCAGGGGGGACAUGGGAGGGUCUUUUCCUAUCGGCACCUCCCCAGAGCCCCGGGAGAAGCUGGUGUCCCUCCUGGCUUCCUGCGACUCGGUCUGGGCAUUCCCUCCCUCUUUUCCCGGGCGCUGCCUGCAUCCCUCCCAGGGCACCCCCUGCAUCCCUCCCCGGGCAUCCCCAGCAUCCCUCCCCGGGCGCUGCCUCCAUUCCCCCCGGGCGCUGCCUGCCUCGCUGCCUGAGCACCGCCUGCCUCCAUCCCCGGCCACCGCCUGCUUUCCCUCCGUGUCCUGCCCGGGCUUCGCUGCCCAGCAGCGGCCGCGCUCCCCGCCCGGCGCCCCCCGCCGCCGCCGCCGUCGUCGCCGCCCGGCCCCUCGGUAGCGCCGCGGCGGGCGGGGGCCGGGCCGGGCCGGCCGGGCCGGGGCUCUGCAGCGGGGCCGCCCGCCCCGCACCGGGCUCGCCGCAUGGCUCCGCCGCCCGCCGGGGCGCUGCUGGCCCGGGCCGCCGCUGCAAGUGACAGGCUGUCCCAGAGGGGAGAUGCAUUCUGAAUGGGGCUGAGGCCCCCUGCGCGGGAAUAUGCAGCCUCGGCGCCAGGGGGGCAGCACCAGGGCAGCGGCCAGCGUGUGGCGGCAUGGUGGCAACGUUCAAGAUCGCUGUCCUGGGAGCCCAGGGCGUGGGCAAGAGUGCCAUAGUCCGGCAGUUCCUCUACAACGAGUUCAGCGAGGUCUGCGUGCCCACCACGGCCCGCCGCGUCUACCUGCCCGCCGUCGUCAUGAACGGCCACGUCCACGACCUGCAGAUCAUGGACUUUCCCCCCAUCACCGCCUUCCCCGUCAACACCCUGCAGGAGUGGGCGGACGUGUGUUGCAGGGGGCUCCGGAGCGUCCAUGCCUACAUCCUGGUCUAUGACAUCUGUUGCUUUGACAGCUUCGAGUACAUCAAAACCAUCCGCCAGCAGAUCCUGGAAACGAGGGUCAUCGGCACUUCGGAGACGCCCAUCAUCAUCGUGGGCAACAAGCGGGACCUGCAGCGGGGCCGGGUGAUCCCACGCUGGAACGUCUCCAACCUGGUGAAGAAGACGUGGAAGUGCGGCUACAUCGAGUGCUCGGCCAAGUACAACUGGCACAUCCUCCUGCUCUUCAGCGAGCUCCUCAAGAGCGUGGGCUGUGCCCGCUGCAAGCACGUCCACACCACCAUCCGCUUCCAGGGGGCCCUGCGCAGGAACCGAUGCACCAUUAUGUGAGCCCCCCUGCCCCAACGGACCAUCCCCACACCCUGUCCUGGGGGACCGCAUCUCCCCGGCCAGCGCUGGUGUCCCUGCUCGCCAAGAGGGUGAUGCUGCAGCUGGGGCUGUGCCAAAGACACCCCGGGGUUUGCUCCCCGACCAGUGCUGGCACCCUGCGGUGACAUCUGGGGACAGUGCACCUUGGGUGGUGCAGGGCAGGGUGAUGCGGUGGCCACUGGUGGCCUGGAGGUAGUGAGGGUUGAGGGAGGACUCAGCUGAACCCCCAGCCCUCCCUGAGCCUCUGGUGCUUGUGGCCAAAGUUGUCCUGGGGGUUUGUGUCUCUGCCGUGCCUGAAUCGCCACAUGGCACAGCAGGGUGGAGGAGACACCCCAGACAGUGCCCAGAGCUUGGCUGUCGGCUCCGUCCUCGCCAGCUCCUGCUCCAGCAUCGCAGGGGCAAUUCUUGCUGCUGCCAUCUCCUGUCCCUGGAAGGAAAUUGCCCAGCGCCUGUGGCCCGAUGCGAUUGAGGUGGCUCCAUCCCCAGGGCAGAGCAGAGAUAAAAGUCCAGUUUUUUUCCCUGCAUAGCUGGGAUUUCUCCCCUCGGAGGGCAGAGCAGCCUUCAGCAAGAGGCCAGCUUACACGGGCUCUCUUCUGGCUUGGCUCAGUUGGAUUUCCAGGCAGAAUUUCCGGAUAAAAGCAAGAAAGGGGGAAAAAAAUAAUAAAUCAAGCCCCCAUCCUGCCCCUUACAUCCUCCUGGGGUGCCGAGUGCUGCUUACCCAGGGCUUCGAGUUCCCUGUCUGCUCCGGUGAAGCCAAGGAAGGCUUCUCCUCCCCACCAGCCUGUCGAACACCAAAAAAUCCCCAGGCGCUCCUUGCCGGGCAGGUCACCCCUCCACUACCUCGCAUCCCGGGCUCCGUGGGCGACCGGCUUUGCACAGCUCCGACCCAAACCCGCGGCAUCCCCUGGGCAGGCAGGCAGCCCGCCCCGUGCCAUCGCAACCGCCAGCGGUGCCGCGAGGUGGGUCUGACCCACGCCGGGCUGCCCCACGGCCACGCUCACCUCCAUGCCCAGGAGACAGUGGCGGUGCCAAGGCAGCCUCCGAAGCAAUAGGGAGCUGGAGUUGCAUUUCCAGUUGCAUUUCCUUUUUUCUUUUAUUUUUUUCCUCUGUGCACAUCCCUAAUAGAAAAGUGAGCCCCCCACCCCCCCGCCUUUUUCUUUUAAUCUUUCCGCUUGUUUCUAAACCAGACUUGCAGCUCACCUGUGUCUUGUCCUGCGGGGUGGGUGGCAAAGUGCAGCCCACGUUAGGAAAUGGUAUCGGGCUGCUGAUGGGUGAGCAGGAGACCGAGGGAGUCUUGGUUCCUCCUUCUUGGCUGCUCCCUGCGAGACAUGGGCAAACACCAUCCUCACCCCCCGAAGCAGGAUCUGAGGCUGGUCCAUCCCCCAGCAAAACCAUCUCAGUGAUUUCUGGGCUGCAGGGAUUCAGCAGUAAAGCAAAGAGGUGCCAGUCCCAUCUCUCCCCCCACGGCUGGGUUUCCAUCCAACAGAAGCUCUCGGUAACACUUUCUAUCAGGUGUAGGUCCAGCUGAGCUCCAUCUCGGAGCAUUUCACCGCCCCAUCACUGGGGCCAUGCGCUGGCCUGCAGUCUAAAUGCCACGGGGCUUGGCGGGGGGUCAACCUCACUCUUCCUUUUCCACUCCCAGCAGCCCCUUCAGGAAUGGAACCCCAUUCCCCUUGCUCGCCCCAAAAAUUUUUAAAAAGGAAAAAAAAAGAGAGAGAAAAGACAAUGGAGGGACACAGGUGUGUCUCAGAGCCCCGGCAGCAGCACCCAUCACCAUCCCUCGCCUUCACGGCAAGCCUACCACCCCUCCACCCCAGCCUCAUCUCGUGAGGAUUUAUUAACAUGUGUAAGUCCACGUUAUUGGUCUCUGGCUAGCUUUCUCCCUCCAAAUUGUUUGAGAAGGAAAAACCUUGGUAAAUGCUAAUAAUAAAGCAUUUAUGAAGUGCUUUGAUGUACACAUAUCAACGACUUAGCCAAUACAUUGUUUGUUAUAACCCUGUAGCCUACAGUUUAUAGCACAAUUAGUUACAGGUUUUUAUAGCAUCUAUUUAGUAUUUUGAAAAAAAAAAGGUUAUAAAUAUAAUUGUUAUAUUCUAUUGUACUUUAUAGACAGAGAAAGUUAUAUUAGUAAUAAUAACUCUCACUGCUUCGACAGCAUUUCCCAGCUCCCGAAAAACAGAGGGCUAUAAAGAGCUACUUUCCCAAGAGCCCAGGAAGGGGCAGGUGGUGGCACCCGCUGGGUGCAGUAAGGGAAACUGAGGCAGGGAGGUCCAGUGCGUGGCCAGGCUGGCGGGGAUCAGAGCAGCCAGGAGCACAGCAGCAGCCUCAAGCAACCCACACCUUGCCCCUACUCACACCCUUACUACACAGUGCUACUACUCACCCAAUGCCACCCUGGUCCCGCUAAAAAAGAAUGUGUUCCUGAGCUUGGGAGAGGCUGAGGAUGUCCCCACUGCUGUCCCCAGGGCAGUGCUGGGUUCCUGCCCCCAUGUGCAUGGUGCCACAGGAGGUGAUGCCUGGGUUGGGUCCAGCCCUGGCAAGGAUGUUUCCGUCUCCUCCUCCUCCUCCUCCUGCCCCGAUGAGCGUCCCGGUUGCCUGGACUUGGCUUUCCUUUCCCCUCCUUGACUUCUUGUCAGAGAUUCCUGAGGUGUGUACACAGCCUGUAAUGCCCUGCACCCCUUUAUUUGAAAUCAAAUUAAAAAUCAGGUCUGUCCCCCUUUUUCUGUA